UGGGUUUGUGACUCUCUCAAAUCCAAAAAUGGAUGAGCAAGUGAUUCUCCUUCCCCUUCUCAUGUCCCUCUUCACCAUUGCUGCAUCUGCAUCAUGCCCCAUGGAUCUCAGCUACGUUGAUAACUUUCCAUGGGACACCUCCAGCUGUAGAGACCCAAUUGAUAAGGAACACUGUUGCCAAGCUCUUCUCAGUGUAUUUGGCAUAGGAUUAGCCCAACACCUCAAAGAAACCUCUUUGUUUCAACUUCCUGAUGAAAACACUUCCACAACUUGCUUAUCUGAUUUCAAGCUCAAACUCACAUCCUUGUCAAUUCAACCAUCUUUGGUCUCUUCUUGCUUCCCUAACCCGUCACAGUUUGUUACUAACUCUUCAACGUGUGCAGGUAUUAGAACUAUCCAAGAUUGGAAGCAAAAAGUGGGGUUGAUUAGCCCAUUAGACACUUCUUGCAAGGGUGGACUUGGGGAUCAAACUCUCUGCAGUAUUUGUUCUGAUGCUGGCUUGAAAGUGACUUCACAGUUGAAUGGUAUUGAUCCAAAUGCCACAAAGUGUUUUUACUUCACUGUUUUGUAUGCUACAGCUGUUGUUAAUGAGUUUGGUCCAACAGAUUUAGGCACUGCUAGUUGCAUACUUGGCAUGCCACUGUCCGCAAAAGGGUCAUCAAAUAGAAAACAUGUGCUUAAACUUGUUUUUGCUUUAUUGGGUGCUGUUAUUGGUGUUCUGCUUGCUAUUGUAUUGAUAGUUGUGUAUAGGAAGUGGGAUAUGAGAAGGAAGGAAAAUAUUUAUCAUAGGUCAAUUGAGAACAGUGUUAGGGACAGUGUUUUGCCUAACACUGGCGCUAAGUGGUUUCACAUAUCUGAGCUUGAACGUGCCACUAAUAAAUUUUCACAGAAGAAUAUGGUUGGUCAAGGUGGUGAUGGGGUUGUGUACAAAGGGACUCUUUCAGAUGGCACUGUAGUGGCAGUGAAGGAGAUUUUUGACUUGGAAACUAAAGGGGAUGAAGAGUUCUGCUAUGAAGUGGAGAUCAUAAGCAAAAUAAAGCAUAGGAAUCUGCUUGCUCUUCGGGGUUGUUGUGUUGCAAGUGAUAAUUUGAAAGGUAAGAGGAGGUUUUUGGUUUAUGAUUUCAUGCCUAAUGGUAGCCUAAGUUAUCAAUUGUCAAUUGCUGGGGCUAAUAGGUUAACAUGGCCACAAAGAAAGAAUAUAAUACUUGAUGUGGCUAAAGGGCUUGCUUAUUUGCAUUAUGAAAUUAAACCCCCAAUUUAUCACCGUGACAUAAAGGCUACCAAUAUACUUUUGGAUUCUAAAAUGAAAGCCAAAGUGGCAGAUUUUGGCUUGGCCAAGCAAGGUAAUGAAGGCCAGUCUCAUCUCACAACAAGGGUUGCUGGCACAUAUGGUUAUUUGGCACCAGAAUAUGCUCUAUAUGGGCAACUAACAGAGAAAAGCGAUGUGUACAGUUUUGGCAUUGUGAUUCUUGAAAUCAUGAGUGGGAGAAAAGUGCUUGAUACAUUGAAUUCAUCUGUGGUUUUAAUCACGGAUUGGGCAUGGAUGCUUGCAAAAUCAGGGAAAGUGGAGGAAAUUUUUGAUGGGUCAAUAAGAAAAGAAGGGCCAGAAAAAAUCAUGGAAAGGUUUGUUCUUGUUGGGAUACUUUGUGCUCAUGCAAUGGUGGCAUUGAGGCCUACAAUUGCAGAGGCCCUUAAGAUGUUAGAGGGUGACAUUGACAUCCCCAGUUUACCUGAUAGGCCAGUACCACUGGGUCAUGAGUCCUUCCAAUCUUCACUGUUGUAUGGUUUUCAAAGAAGUGGAAGAUCAACUCCAUAUAUUUCAUCUUAUUCAACAAGUAUGAGCACAAUAUAGAUUGAAGCUCUGAACUACUUUCUUUGUAAUGAUAGUCUUUGGAUCAGAAUCAGUUUAGAGUCAGAAAUUCACGGCCACCACAUAGCUUCAAAUUAACCUUCAUUGUCGUGCCGUAUAUAUCUUGAAUUCUUUUUCACUUUGUAUACAUUGUAAUUCGACCACAUACGAUUAUAGAAGAAAUAUUUGAGAUAUAUAGUUUGAUUUGUUGCAUAUGUAUAGUGUCCAAGAAAAUCCGAACAUGCUUUAGUGCGUUGAACAUGUCAGUGAAUUCAAUUAAGUUUACUGUCAGCUACUAGAGUUUCAUUUCUUUCUUUCUUUCUUUUAUUUUUACGCAUUUAUUUUCCUCUCUUGGACAAUUUGAAUACAUUGGUAAACUGUUCAUACU